AUGAAUAUCUCUGCUCUGCUACAUUCACAGCCGGAUUUCCUACAGUGUCAAAAUUGUGCUGACGGUAGGCUGUUUAAAGGUAAAAGGGGAUUAAAUAUACAUAUUAAACGAUGCCAUAGUAAAAGUAUUUCGGCUUCACAGCCUGCCGUAGAAAUUCAUAACUUUAUUAGCAAUUCCUCUAAUGACACAAAUUUUUCCCUUUUUUCGGAGCAAAUUUAUAAUUAUUAUCGUAAUGUACCAGUGAUUAAAAGAAUUCCUAGAGGUGCGAGGGUGCAGCUUGCUAAAGCAUUGUCAUGCACUAUUCAAAAUUGUUUCACUAAUAGUGAAAAUAGUUGGCAAAAAUUAUUUACUUUCGCGUAUUCCCAUUUUCAUUUUGAUAAAACAACAAAUAAAUCAAUUACGUCUCAACUAAAAGAGACAUCUUUUCAAAAUUUAGAUUACCCAAUUAAUACUCAUUUAUCUCGACCACGUCCUAAAUUUGAUUUAAAAAAAGUAGUUGAGUCGAAAGUAAUGGAUGGCGACUUAAAAAAUGCAUCCCGUAUUUUAUUCUCAGACGACAUCCUGGCUCCUCAUAAUGUCGAAACUCUUGAAAGCCUUCGUCAAAAGCAUCCUUCGGUCAAACCGUCUCAGGGUUUACCGCUGCCUCCCAAGACUUCUAUGCAACCUUUACAAAUUUCGGAAAAAGACACUUUAGAAGCAAUUAUGUCAUUUUCGAAUGGCUCUGCUGGCGGCAUUGACGGAAUUACGCCUCAACAUCUUAAAGAUCUUGUAAGCGCUUCUGCCGGUGACGCCGGCGGAGUACUUCUUAAAGACAUUACAAAAUUAUGUAACUUUAUGCUUUCUGGUAAUGUUAAUCCAAAUUUCAUUCCAUUCUUAUAUGGGGCAAGAUUAUGUGCCUUCAAAAAAAAGGAUAACGGUAUCCGUCCUAUUGCCGUUGGUUCCACAUUUCGACGCUUAACUUCAAAAUUAGCUUGCAGGCACAUAAUCUCAAACCUUAAGACCAAAUUUCAGCCUACUCAACUAGGUUUUGGCACUAGAGGUGGCUGUGAGGCGGCGGUACAUUCAGUGCGUACAUUUUUAACAAACUCUGAUGCAGAUGUUCUUGUGAAGGUUGACCUAAGGAAUGCUUUUAACUCUAUCGAUAGGGUAACCUUGCUGAAAGAAGUGGCUAACAAUACCCCCGAAAUUUAUCAUUACGUUUGGCAAUGUUAUAGUCAAAAUACUAACUUGUUUUACGAAAACCAUGUUAUCGAUUCUGCUGUCGGUGUUCAGCAGGGUGACCCACUGGGUCCAGCACUUUUCAGUUUGGGAAUUCAACCCAUUAUUUCAAAUUUGAAAUCCAAGCUGAAUGUCUGGUACCUAGACGACGGUACACUGGGAGGUAGAGCAGAUGACGUCCUCAGCGAUCUUACUCAUAUUUUUCGAAAUUUUAAAAAUAUUGGCCUUGAACCAAAUAGCAAUAAAUGUGAAAUAUUUUUUUCCAAUAAUUUAUCUACUUCUCAUAGAGACAUUUUAAUUCAAAAUUUUAAUCAUAUUUGUCCAGGAAUAAAAACUGUCAGUACGGAAUCACUAUACCUGCUAGGUGCCCCGUUGUUUUUCGAUAGUAUUAAACCUGUUUUAAAAACAAAAUUUGAUCAGUUUUUAAACCACGUUGAUAAAUUGUAUAAAUUAAACCCCCACAUAGCUCUUACUAUUUUAAAAUAUUGUCUUCUUGUACCUAGAUUUACAUACUUACUCCGCUCGAGUCCAGUCUGGAAAUGUUCGGAUAUUUUACAAGAUAUUGAUAAUAAUCUUAAAAUAGCUAUAGAAAAAAUUCUAAAUUUAACUUUAAAUACAACAGCCUGGACUCAAGCUACUUUACCUAUAAAAUUUGGUGGCAUUGGUGUGAGAAAUCUUUCUAGCGUUGCAUUGCCUGCUUUCCUUGCUUCCGUGCAUAGUGUCAGUGACUUAUGUAACAUAAUUUUAAAUAAUAAAGUAGACCUAUGCUUUGCUACGGAGGCAGGGCAGACAUGGCAAACGCUCUGUCCUGGUGAAAAUAUUCCACUGGAAGUUAACCAACAAAAACAGUGGGAUAUUCCGUUGGUACAGGGCGUGCAGAAGGAUUUGUUUCAUAAUUUCCAUAGUGACCAAGAUAAGGCACGCCUUCUAGCUGUUUCGACUAAGGAAUCUAGUCACUGGUUACACGCUUUACCAUCAAGUAAUCUAGGCACAUUACUUGAUAGGGAUAGCUUGCGCAUUGCCGUAGGAAUCCGACUGGGAGCGGCGAUUUGUCAACCCCAUCAGUGCCCGUGUGGUAGCAGCGUCGACAAGUUUGGGCUCCACGGACUUUCAUGUAAGAAAAGCGCUGGUAGGUUUUCACGACAUAGUUCUUUGAACGAUGUCAUCCGAAGGGCUCUUGCCUCUAUAAAUGUUCCCUCGGUUUUAGAGCCUUGUGGAAUAUUUAGAGACGAUGGCAAGAGACCCGACGGUAUGACAUUGGUCCCUUGGGAGAGAGGUAAAGCCCUAGUGUGGGAUGCUACUUGCGUAGACACUCUGGCGGCCUCUCAUCUCAGGGGUUCCUCGUUUAAAGCCGGGGCAGCAUCAGAGGCAGCUGAACUGAGUAAGUGGCGCAAAUAUGAGUCUCUGAGAGAUGACUACAUAUUUGUGCCAUUUGCUGUAGAGACUAUCGGUCCGUGGGGUCCACGUGCGGUGAAGUUCCUAAAGGAACUCCAUCCGCGGCUGGUCGUUGCUGCUGGUGAUAAGAGGGCUGGUUCUUUCCUCGCUCAAAGGCUAAGUAUAGCCAUUCAGCGGGGAAACGCAGCCAGCGUUCUUGGCACGAUACCGCGGGGAGUAGGACUAUAUGAUAAUUAA